AUGGCCCGUAAGCGCAAGAGCGUAGCUAGUUCUGUUGACUUGUGCCCGCGGGAUCUCGACGAGAUCCCGUACAUCGCUUGGAUGAACAAGCAAAUCGCGGCCGGCCGCAAGCCCGCCGGCCCUUUGCCCGAAGGAGCGCCUGGUGCGGGGGACACCUCGUUCGAAGCCCCGCGCGAUGUCCCUACCCGCGGACGCCGUCAUGCCGACCGGGUUGCCUCAUCCCGCGUCAACGACGAUGCUGCCUUCGAUGACGAUGAUGACGCCGCGGACUCUGAUUACAACGAGUGCGACGAGGCCUGCAAAGACGACGCGGACUCUGGCGAGGAGCAGGACAAGGGCAUGUCCCCCUCCGAUGACGAAGUUGACGCCGACGAGGACGCCGAUGACGCCGAGGACGCUCCCGAGGAGGCCCAGCCUGCGUCCCCGGCUCCUCGUCGCGGCCGUGCGUCUGCCGCUGCGGGAACCAAGACUGCUGCUAAGGGCGGGGAACCUCCGCGUGCCGCUGCCAAGACCCGUAACUUGCAUCCUGUUAAGCGGAGCGUGUGGUCCCCCCGCGAGAACACAAUCUUCGUGGCUGCGCGUUGGUUCAUGAAGGACGAGCUCGGGCCCCUCCUCGUGAAGCAGGGCUCUCAGUACUGGGCCCGCCUCGCGCGUCACCUCGAGAAGGAGAAUCCCGGGUGGGUGCGCGGUGUAAACGCGCUUCAGAAGCAGUGGCGCAAUCUUGUCAACGUGUACACGCAGAUCAAGAAGGGGGAAAAGGCGAGCGGCAAGGGUGCCGUGUUCAAGCCCCACUGGUACCCGUACAUGGCGCUUUUCCAGAACAACAAGGCGGUGGGCAACCCUCACGCCGUCGACGGUGGCGGUGCGGCACACGGAACUCCUACAUCGAAGCGCCCACGUGUGGCAGAGACGGCGACGAUGGCCGCUGCAAAGCUGGUGUGCGAGACGAUCAAAGGCUGCCACUCAGACGCCAUGAGCAGGCUCGAAGGCCUCGUCCGCGCGUGGAUGGAGCAGGACGCGCAUAUUGCUCGGGAACGCGUGCAGCAGCCCGCACCCUCCCCGCAUGUCCGCGACGACAUCCCUGCCCACGCGGACAACAUGACCGACUUGCACGCCGCCGAAGGCGGCGACGAUGGCUGGCUUCGUCGCGGGCAGGCGGGCGAAGACCCCUCUAACCCAGAUGCGGGUGAGGAGGUGUGGGUUCGCGGCGCCGCCGAGUGA